AAACAUGAUUAAAAAAAAAAAAUUACGACAUCUCUCGACCAACUGUUGGCAAAGUUCCUGUGGUUACAAUGUAAACUGUAAAAACACGGUGAUCCGUGAUGUAGCCUAGAGUAAGUACCUGCACUAAUUAAGGGAGAAAGUGAAAAAUAAGUACCAAUAAUGAACAGAGAAAGAAAAUAUCUUUCAAGGGUGCGUCUAACUGACCCAGAAGAUGGAACUGUUACAACAUGUGUUGGCAAAAUCAAUCCGAAAUUGUAUGGUGACGGUCUUCAAAAUUUAUGCAGGAGAACCCAUGACAAUCUUUCCCUGUUAUCCUCAAACAUGGCAGAUAAAUUGGAACCGUGUUUACAGUAUGGAAUAAAACACUGGCAUCCCAACGACAGACCAAAAUCUGCAUAUUCUUCCCAUGUAUAUCCAAGUCCACCAGACCCAAAACAAGUGAAAUGGCAUGAUACAAACAUAAUGUUUACCAAUAGCCAGGUGCUAGAUAACAUAAAAAGGCCAUCAAAGGAUUCUACUGAAGACACUGAGUCAGAUUCAAUAUCAAGUGGACCCAAAUCUACCUUUUGUUACAUUUGCUCCACAUUGGAGGAACAUCAAAGGCAUCUGCUCCAAUACAGGCCAAAGAGACCAGUAUCAGCCAAAACAAGAAUUGAAUAUGUAGCCCCCAAACCGAAAUUAAAGAAAAAGAUGAUAGAGGAAGCUCCCAACAUUGGAGAUCAUUUAUAUAGGGUGGAUGUGUUCACGGGUGACAAGGUUAAUGCAGGGACAACAGGAGAGGUUUUCAUCACAAUUAAAGGAAGUAGAGAUAUCCUGUAUAGAACUAAGCUGACCAAGAAAACUUCAAACUUUUCGUUCAUGAGAAACACUAAAGAAUCCUUCUUCCUGAAAGGACCACGCCUUGGAAAUGUAGAAAUUAUAACAAUUGAGCAUGAAGGAGGGAAGAGAAGUUUACGUUGGUACCUAGACAGAAUUGAGAUUACAGACAUAAAGUCAGGGAUGAUGUGGAUAUUUAAAUGUGGGGAGUGGCUAGACUCCCCUGAUAGUCGGGACCUAAUCGGCAAAGAGAAAGAACAACCCAUCAUAGAUUAUGAUAUCACAGUGCACACAGGCACUAAAUCUUUUGGUGGCACUGAUGCCAACAUUUCCAUGACUAUAUAUGGUGCCAGAGGACAAAGUCCCAAAAUUCUUUUGGUGGACUCCUCUAAAGGUCAGAAGUGUUUUGAGCGGGGGAGUGUGGAUAAAUUCAGGAUUUCUCAACGAGAUGUGGGAGAAUUAAAGAAAAUCAGGAUAGAGCACGAUGGAAAAGGUGUAGCUGCUGGGUGGCAUUUAGACAGGAUUACAAUAACAUCAAACACACCCAAACAGUCUUAUUUCUUCCUGUAUGGGGGUUUUAUCGGGAAGGGUGUUGGUAAAGGACAGCUGUACAGAGAAAUUUUUGCCAAAAAAGCACUACCAAAGGAGGUUACCACAGGUCCAAAGACCAAAUAUCUGUUGACGUUUCAAACUGGCGACAUCAAGUAUGCAGGAACUGAUGCAAACGUCUUCAUUCAAAUCUGUGGAAAAGAUGGCCGAGCCACACGCAAACUCAGGAUGGAUGACUCAAGGAACAAUUUUGAAAGAGGUGCUACUGAGCAAUUUAAAGUAGAAGCUCCUGAUGUUGGUAUGGUAUCUCACAUCAUUGUUGGUCAUGAUGACUUUGGACCAGGUGCUGGGUGGUUUUUAGAUGAGGUCAGGAUCAAACGAUACAUUUUGAAAAAAGAAGCUAAAAAAUAUGUGAAGAAAGAGGAAAAGAGGAGAGAAAAGAAAGAAGCACUGAAAAAAUCCAGAAAGGAAAGUUUGGACCAGAAAAGGAAAAAGAGAAGGGAUGAAGAAAGUGAGGAGGAGGAGGAGGAGGAGAGGAGGAGGAAAAUAACACCCCCUCUGUAUGAGGAGUGUGUGUUCCCCUGCAACAGAUGGUUGGCCAGUGAUGAAGGGGAUGGGCUGGUGGAGAGGGAAUUAAAGGCAGCCAGUGGUGAACUCAGAUUCAGUGAAAAUUAUCAAGAAGAAAAGGUACACUACACAGUUAUUGUGCACACUGGCAAGGUGCAGUAUGCAGGGACAGACGCAGAUGUUUUCAUCCAGAUGUUUGGAGAAAAUGGUAGAUGUUCCAAACGUACAAAACUGGACGAUUCCAAAAACAAUUUUGAGAAAGGAAUGGAGGAUAUUUUUGAGUUGGAGGACAUCAACCUGGGUACACUUUCUCACAUUCUGAUUGGACAUGAUGACUCUGGGCCAGGAUCAGGAUGGUUCCUUGAUGAUGUGACCAUUAGGAAACAUCUCACAAAAAAAGAAAUCAGAAUUCACUCAGAGAGGGUGAAGAAACAGAUCAAAGACCAGGCAAAGGCAAAGCAGAAACAGAAGAAGAGACAGGAGAAGGAUUCAGACACAGAGAGUGAGGGGGAGGAGGAGGAGGAGGAAGUGAUCAGAAUUCCUGAUUAUGAAGUGUUCUACUUCCCCUGUAAUAAAUGGCUGGAUUCAAAAGAGGAUGACGGAAAGACUGAGAGGCAACUUAAAUGUAAAAAGAAACAGCUUCAUUACGAGGGAGGCAUUGGUCAGGGAGAGGCCAGCACAAUGUACCAGAUCAUUGUGAAGACUGGGACCAAAGCCUUUGCAGGGACUGAUGCUAAUGUUUACAUACAGCUGCAUGGAAAGAAAGGUCAAGAAACUACAAAGCUUCCACUAGAUGCCAAGAAAAAUAACUUUGAAAAGGGACAGGUGGAUGUUUUCAAGAUUGAGACAUUAGAUGUUGGACCGCUAGCCUCUUUGACAGUCGGUCAUGAUGACUCUGGACCUGGUGCUGGUUGGUUCCUUGAUGAGGUGCGGGUCCGUAGGUACAUUCAGAGGAAGGAGGCCAAGGAAUACGAGAAGAAGGGCCGACAGAAGCCUCUUUAUGAGGAGAGUUUGUUCCCCUGCAACAAUUGGCUGUCUAGUAGUGAUGGUGACAAAAAGACUGAGAGACAACUCAAGUGUGAGAAAAGGAGCCUUCAACAUGAUUAACUUAACCAGGGAAUAUUUUAUAGUUAAAUGGAAAUAUAUCAAAGUGUAAAUUCUCAUCACAUCAUGGAUGUAGAUAUCAUCCCUCAUUCAACCCAAUACAGUGAAACUUGUCUUAUCCUGACAUCUUGAUGUCAGAAAAACUUUGAAUUAGACAAAACUGUGAAAUACAGAGUAUUCAUAUACAACAGAAUUCAUUUGAGGUUGUGUAUGGUUUACACAAUAUUUUGGAUUGCAAGACAUCUGGAUUUCACAAUCAAGUUUCACUGCAUACAAUAAUUCCAAGAAAAUUAAACUCUGAAUUGCAUGUAGUAAUUUGUAUUUACCAGUAUAACCAAAAAUGACAUGGUCCAUUUUUUGUUUUAAUACUCUAAGUCAGAUGAUAGAAUCAACAACUGUUAGAUAUUUCAUGUGUAAAGAAUAGAACAAUUUCUAUACAUUUUUUGAUUAAUGUAAUUAGGCCUAGAUUCUCUAGCUAAUUGUUACGUUGUUAUUAUGUAGAACUCUUAUAUUUCUGUCCUAUCUAUUUCACUAUUAUAUGUAUUAUCUUAUAGAACACGACACUUUGUUUUCACUAUAUUGAACGAAAAGUGCCAAUUUUUGUUCCAGUGAAGGUAAUAAACACAAAAAUAUAAUGUACUUUAGUUGCUGUUUAAGCAUCACAAAGUCAAGUACUGGUAACUUUAAAUUUCUCAAAUAGAAUGCACAAAUUGUUUUCAAAUUGCAUGUUCAGAAAUAUAGUGUGGUAUAGAUAAUGUAGACUUUUCCAAUCAAAAUCAGACAUGAAAUGUUUUGUUUUCUCUCCAAACCAUGAUAAAUGUAAACAAAUAUGUGUCAUUUUGUGACCCAACCAUAUCUAAGUUUUUUUUACACAUAUUUAUUAUACCCCAUGCAACGAAGUUGCGAAGGAUAUAAUGUAUUUUACCCGUCCGUCAAGCUGUCAGUCCAUCAGUCCCUUUUUUUUCAGCGCAACUCCUCUGAAACCACUCAACAGAAUUUCGUGAAAUUUUGUAGCUAAUAAGGACACGCUGUGUAAAUGUGCAUAUUCCCAGGAAAUUCUGAUUCAAUAAUUUUUCUGGGAGUUAUGCCCCUUUUGAAUUCAGAAUUUCGAGCCUGUCUGUCCUGUUCUUUUCAGCACAACUCCUCUGAGACCGCUCAACACAAUUUCAUGAAAUUAUGAGGUUAAUAAGGACACACUGUGUAGAUGUGCAUAUUGUCAGGAAAUUCUGAUUCAAUAAUUUUUCUGGGAGUUGUGCCCUUUUUAAACUUAAAAUUUUGAGCUCAUCUGUUCUGUUCUUGUCAGCGCAACUCCUCUGCAACCACUCAACAGAAAUUCAUGUAACUUUGUAGUUGAUAAGGACACACUGUUUAGAUGUAGAUGUGCAUAUUUCCAGGAAAUUCUGAUUCAAUAAUUUUUCUGGGAGUUAUGCCCCUUUUGGACUUAGAAUUUUGAGCCCAUCUGUCCUGUUCUUGUCAGCGCAACUCCUCUGAGACUGCUCAACUGAAUUCGUGAAAUUUUGUAGUUAAUAAGGACACACUGUUUAGAUGUGCACAUUUCCAAAAAAUUCUGAUUCAAUAAUUUUUCUGGGAGUUAUGCCCCUAUUAAAUUUAGAAUUUUGAGUCUUGCAGUAAUGUAUAACAUUAUGUGAGGCAUUGUCAAGCAAUGUUGGAGCAUGGGAUGUGUAAGUUUGCUCACCUCUGCUCUCUUUCAUUUUGUCUAUAAUCUUUAAACUCAACUUUUACACUUGAACAGCAGAAAGUCAUUGGGAUGUCCUUUAAAGACAUGAUUCGCACCAUUUGUUUAUGCGUCAAAUUUCGGGCUAGUUACCGUCGUCAUGGUGGGCAGGGCUUACACGAAAAUCCGCGAUCUGCCCAUUACAUAUACAUGUACCUACAGGGAUAUUAUAUAUUGUUGUUUUGUUCUAAAAAUAGAAUAUUUUGAUUACUAUUGUUUCGGAUUUUUCUUUCUCUCUUGAAAUAUUGAAGAUUUUUAAUAUGAUGGUCCAAUAUUUUUUUAAAAUGUUAAAUUUUCACAGGAAUUUAAAGGAUCAAUCUAGAAUAACAAACGAUAUUUCUUACCUAAUGGUAAACUUAAUAUAUAGUGUUUAUGUGUUUAGUGAUAUUGGUACUACAUGUGUAUAUAUAUAUAAUUACAUAUUCUUAUAUAACUAAAUGUCAUAUUUGAAGUUUUAAAUGAUGACUGUGAUAUUUUUAGUAUUCUUCAUGUGCUGCUUGUUUACUUAUCUCUGCUACUUCGUAUUUGGAAUAUUUUAGGUUUAUACAUGUGUAUAUAAAGUUAUAAUAACCAUUUACAUUAGUGUAAACCCAAAGUUUGAGUUUCACAAGCAUUUAUACAUUAUGUACAUUAGAACUAUAUUAUAUCUAAGAUAUCUAGUCAAUCUCUACGGUGUCGAUAGAAUUAGCAAUAAAACAAUGAAGUAACUAGA